GUAGCGUAUACACUUUGGGACCCCUAUAUGCUUCUUUUCCGAACACUUUCCGAAGUCCAGAAUGGGUCUUCUAAUUGAAACGAGCGAACGCUGAUGGUCAGUAUGGCCGCUGCAUGCACACGAAUCUGGCGCAAUUACCGGUAGCUGUGCCGAACACCUUUGUUGUUGUCGUCGUCUCUUUCAUUUGCAUCUUCGUCAACAACUGCCACAAAAAUGUCUCUCUUCUUCGCCAACUCAGACACACCCCAGCCAGACCCGAUCUCGGGCGCAGAUUACUUGUCCAAACUCCACAAGUUUCUCAAGUCGAACGCUCCCCGGCUCGCACCCUCGGCACCUCGGAACACGUCAAGAAACCUCACUCCAUCAAUAUGGCAGCAAGGCUAUACCGUUUUGACUCUCGGUCUCGACCCUAAUUCGGCUCCUGUUAGAAAUACUAAAGGCUCAAUGGGUUUGGGCUUUGGGAUGCCAAGUACGAAGAGGACACCGCCACCCAAGCCAUUACUGUUGCGAUUACCUCCUGAUCGGCUACUGUACCUUUUAUUACGGUGGCAAGCCCUUCCUCAGUCGCUGCCCCAUGUUGGAAGGACAGAUAUUCCGAUAGAGGAAGGGGUUGUGAUUGCAGCAAGAGGUACGGAGGGCGAAGGCAGAGGCAAAGAAGGAGAUGUGAGAAGCGUUAGGAGCUGGGUCGGGAGUAUCAGGAGUGUUAGUGGGACUCUGGUUGGUGGUGGACAAAAUAGAGGAUGGUGGGGAAGUAAACAGGCUGUGAACGAAGACGAGCUGUUGCUGUCGCUCUACUCCAUGUUCACCCUCAUUCCGGCCUUGCUCAUUCACCCACCCAACAUAUCUGAGCCACCCAUAGCAGAACUAGUUGAGGCUGGCGGAUACACACAAUUAGGCGGUAUUGAUGUUCGAGUUCCCUUGGAUGUUUUGAGAAAUCUCCAAAUCUUGGAGUUGGAACAUUACGACCCCAGAGCCUUGCUCAUACCAUCCAAUCCUGGGAUGCGCAGUCUCACCGUACGAGACGUUUCCGAUGGUGACGAAUGGAUCUAUGAGCUUCUUACUAUCCCUUCAAAUAACAGCACAGAACCCCAGCCACGUUUCCCCAAUUUACAUCAUCUGUCUCUUUUAUCAGCCUCGUUGCUCACCUUCCCAACCCUCCCACUCGAGUCCUUGACCCAUCUCGAUUUGUCUUAUAAUCUCCUCGACGCUAUCCCUUCGACCUUGUCUUCCCUUACCAACCUCAAAUCGCUGAAUCUCUCACAUAACCUUAUCACUUCUCUUCGCAAUGCUCCGGCGUCAGUAGGUCAGAUCAGCUCUAUCAAUCUGUCACAUAACCGAAUCGACUGUAUCGUUGGGCUUGAUCGAGCUAUGGCUCUAUCGAGGGUUGAUUUAAGAUCAAACGUAAUCUACGAUGUCGGCGAAAUUGGCCGUCUCGCACUCCUUCCCGAAAUCCACGAAAUUUGGUGCGCCUCCAAUCCCUUCGACGCACCGACUGCGUAUCCUCCAGAACCUGCUGAGAGCUGGCGAGUUGAGCUUGGACGGACUUUCAGGGAAGAAGGGAAGGAUAUAAUUCUGGAUGGCAUUGCAUGGACAUGGAGUGAAGAGCGGAAGAUUGAAGCGGGGUUGAUCAGUCGCGGUAUAGGGGCGAAUGGACUUGGAGGUAGAGGGUAUGAAAGAGGAUGGGCCAAGCCACAUUAUGGUACACAGACACACGAAGACGUUUCGCCUGGACGACCUCCCGUCGCCCAUCGGCGAUCAGCCACUCACACCCAUACCACUGCCCGCUCAUCCUCCCCUACUCUCCCUCCUUCCCAAUCUUCGUCCCCUCGCACUCGCUCGCCCCAUGUAUUACCAUCGCCUUCAUUCCCACAUGGACCCUCGCAAUUGCGAGAAACGUCGACUGUUUCACAUCCGGCCAGUGGAAAGUCUGGUAAAGGCAGGAAGAAAGGCAGGAGAAGGGUUAUCAAUCUUGAGGGAGACGGGAAUGAGGAUGAUAGCGGAGCAGAGAAUGUUAGAGAGAGGGAGAGGAAUUUGGGUGACGUGCUAGAAAAGGGCCUGGGGGAUGACAAUGUGAAGAAUGGGGGAGAGUUCCAAGGCAGUAAUGGGUCCGCGCAUGAGAAUGGAAGAGAACAGUCAUCGGCGCCAGCUGCCGUCACAGAAGUCAAGGUGGUAAAAAAGAAGAAGAACAAGAAGAGAUCAAAGGAGCCUUCAACUGCUGGAGGGUAAGCAAGAACUUCGUAACGUCUCGAUAGCCUGUCCAUACAGUGAUAGGGAAUGGCUUUGUUUCCGUUAUAGAGUUGUUGUACUGUCACCAGCAUACGUAUAGACCUGUGCAUUAUAAUAAUGUAUAAUCGGACUCUAGGUAUCUAAUACUUGAUAUAAUGACGCAUACUUCGACUUUUGUUUGAACA